UCCCGCUCAGUGCCCUGCCCGCUGCCCGGCAGGAGGAUGGCGCUGCCGCCCGAGCGCGACGGGCUGUUCCGGGCGCCGCAGAGCCUGGUGCUGGAGGCUCACGUGCCCAGCCUGGCCGCCUACCGGGAGCGCUACCGCCGCUCGGUGGAGGAGCCGGACGAAUUUUGGGAUGACAUUGCUAAGGAAUUUUACUGGAGGAACCAACACUCUGGACCCUUUCUGAAGUACAAUUUCGAUGUGACAAAAGGAAAAAUCUUUAUUGAAUGGAUGAAAGGGGCUACAACCAACAUCUGCUACAACCUGUUGGAUAGAAAUGUCAACGAAAAGAAACUUGGGGACAAAAUUGCGUUUUACUGGGAAGGGAACGAACCCGGGGAUUCCAUGAAGAUCUCAUACAGCGAGUUGUUGCACAAGGUCUGCCAAUUUGCCAAUGUUCUCCAGGAACAAGGAGUAAAGAAAGGAGACAGAGUUUCUAUCUACAUGCCAAUGAUUAUUGAGCUGGUUGUUGCCAUGCUCGCCUGUGCCAGGAUUGGAGCACUUCACUCCAUUGUGUUUGCAGGUUUCUCAGCAGACUCCCUUUGCGAACGGAUUCUCGAUUCCAAUUGUUCUCUCCUCAUUACAGCAGAUGCCUUUUAUAGAGGUGAUAAGCUGAUUAACCUGAAGCAGAUCGCAGACGAGGCCCUGGAGAAAUGUAAAGACAAAGACUCCCCUCUGAAAAACUGCAUUGUGGUCAAGCACUUGGGAAGGGAGGAGGAGCUGGUGUCAGACGGGAUAUGCAGCAAAUCGCCACCUCUGAAGAGGCUGUGCCAGGAUGUACAGGAAAAAGAGACUGAGAGCUCAAAGAGAUUCCAUCCCAAGACUCCAUGGAAUUCCCAUGUUGACCUUUGGUGGCACGAGCUUAUGAAGAAUGCCAGCAAGGAGUGUGAGCCUGAAUGGUGCGAUGCUGAAGAUGAGCUGUUCAUUCUUUACACCAGCGGAUCAACUGGGAAACCCAAGGGCGUUGUGCAUACGGUGGGUGGAUAUAUGAUUUAUACAGCUGCUACCUUUAAGUAUGUGUUUGAUCACCAUCCUGAGGACAUUUACUGGUGCACGGCUGACAUCGGAUGGAUAACUGGCCACUCCUACCUCACUUACGGACCACUGGCAAAUGGGGCAACCAGUGUAUUGUUCGAAGGUCUGCCCAUCUAUCCAGACGUCAGCCGCAUGUGGAGCAUCAUUGACAAGUACCAGGUGACCAAGUUCUACACUGCGCCCACAGCCAUCCGACUGCUCAUGAAGUACGGCAAUGAGCCCGUCAAAAAGUACAGCAGGAAAUCCUUGAAAGUGUUGGGGACGGUCGGAGAGCCCAUCAACCCCGAAGCCUGGUUGUGGUACUAUCAAGUGGUUGGAGAAGAGAGGUGUCCCAUCGUGGAUACCUUCUGGCAGACAGAGACUGGUGGCCAUGUGCUGACGCCGCUCCCCGCUGCCACACCCAUGAAGCCGGGUUCCGCGACGUUUCCAUUUUUCGGUGUUGUCCCUGCUAUCCUGGAUGAAUCCGGGGAGGAACUGGAGGGAGAAGCGGAAGGCUACCUGGUAUUUAAGCAGCCCUGGCCUGGAAUAAUGCGCACAGUGUACGGGAACCACCAGCGAUUUGAGACUACCUACUUCAAGAAGUUCCCAGGGUACUACGUGACAGGAGAUGGCUGCAAGAGAGAUAAGGAUGGCUAUUACUGGAUCACGGGGCGCAUCGACGAUAUGCUGAAUGUCUCUGGCCACCUGCUGAGCACUGCGGAGGUGGAGUCUGCCCUGGUGGAGCACUCCUCCGUUUCUGAGGCUGCAGUGGUGAGUCACCCCCACCCAGUGAAAGGCGAAUGCCUCUACUGCUUUGUGACCUUGAGGGAUGGCCAAAAAUUCACCACGGCCCUGAUGGAUGAACUGAGAAAACAAGUUAGAGAAAAAAUUGGACCGAUAGCAACCCCUGAUUACAUCCAGCAUGCUCCUGGUCUGCCCAAGACCCGCUCAGGUAAAAUUAUGAGACGUAUACUAAGGAAGAUUGCAAAGAAUGACCAAGAUCUGGGAGAUACCUCAACUGUGGCAGAUCCAGCUGUUAUAAACCACCUGUUCAGCAACAGGUGUGACACUGUGCUGUAGCAGAGCUGCAUGCCGUCCUUCAGACUAGAGACGCCGAAGCACCAAGUCCUAGUAGAGCAGGGGCCGUCCGGAGGAGUAUUGUAUUCACUGGGGGAGAGAAGUCAUUACCUGUUAAGUUGAAUGUGAAAUGCCAUCAGUGAGGCGAAGAUGGGCUCUCGAGCUGGUCCUCUCGCUGUGUUAUAUCUAGCUGUCUGUGCCUCUGGAGAGGAUGUACAUUAUGUUGUUGAUUGAUACUGCGUAUCUGAAAUUCCAGCCUCGGUCACUCAUUGCAGAAUGACUUGCAUCGUUUUCUUUUCCAUCAUUUUAUUCAUGUUUUUUAAAUUGACUUUGUGUAAUGGGCGGGGCCUGGCAUUCUGCCCAGAGUGGGGAUUGGUGGUUUGAUGGCAAAUGGUGUUCCCAAACAGUAGUUAUGUGCCUUGGGCUCCAACAGAUUCCCGGCAACAAUCUCUCUAAGUUAAUGCAGAACGACUGGAAUUGCUCUCAGUAAACCAGAGUAUACUGGGAUUCAUCUGCCACCAUCCACAUUGCAAAUAAGCUGCUGCUUCUGUAUCCAUCUGUUGGUGUCUGAGGGGAGUUUUAGAAAAAGGAUCUGCAACUCUGUAGCUGUGCAAGUUAUUUUUAAUUUUCUUUCCACCAAAUCUGUUUAGUCUGAGCUGUAUGUUAGCUGAGCUCUCCAGGGCUCGGCAAGGGAGUAGUGUGUGGCUGGGGGCUUUGGGGAUUAGUGACAUUUUAGAUAACUCUUUUGGUACCAGUAUUUUGUUAUGUUAACUGCUUGGCACCAGGAGUUGGAUUGUCCCAGCACAGGGUCCUCCAUGAGCAGUGGAUGUAUGAGGGAACCACAGUCAGGAAGGGCUGAGUUCAAUGCCAGGAUGUGCCAUACUGGCUGUGCUCCAUAGUGUACUAUUGCUGUCCAAUUGCUGGUUCCAGUAGAUCAUGCCGGUGCCACCGUAGGGAUAGCUCAUCCAGUUGCCUUGGGGGGGUAGAGUGGGUGCUACACAUAUCAAAGGAAAGGUGAUUGAGAGCUAUGCAGAGGUGUCUUCCCCAUUGCUAGGCAAACAGGACCCGUAUCCAGAGGUGCCCCAACUCACAGUACAUGGAAAGGGGCAGGCAGGGCCUUACUAUUCCAACAAGGUGCUUCCUCAUCCAAAAAAUGGAGUGAAAGGUGUUUAAAUCAAGUCUACGCUUUAAAUCGGACGUGCUGCCUCAUGGUGGGAAAACCCUUGCACGGACUUGAGACCGACAGCCUGAACAUACCUGACAGUGAAGGCUACGGAUGGUGACAGGGUUUCUGCUACGAGUCAGUUUCCAUGCUGCUUAAUUCCGGCCUUGCCUUGGGACUGCUCUGGGGAGACACUGCCUUUGUGAUGUGUGUGUGUUAGAAAUGGCUUCCAGGCUCAUUUGAUAAUUUACACGUUAACAUACGGAGAAAGUAGUUUUCAAAUGUGCAACCCUGGCUGUCUUGUGGCUGCCCAAAAAAAUGCUGGAAUUAGCCAUACAACUACUUGGCACUUGAAUUGGCCAAAACAAAUUCAAAGCUCUGUCCCAAAAGCCAAGUCCUUAUGGGUAACGUUAGGGUCGCCCUGAGUUGUCUCAUUGCUAAAUGUCACUCACUUCUGCUGUUCUUAUGCUACAUGUACAUGUCUGUGAUCUGUAACCUCCGUGUAUCUGUCUGACUUGUGUACUCAGCAGCAAUGGGACUGGGCCUUUAACUGCUACAUUCUGUUCAUAGGAAUAGCUUCAAAACCAUAUUGUCCUUUGUUAUCUUGGUCUGUAAUUUCAGUUGGAAAACAGCUAGACUCCUGUUCUAGUUGGAAUAAAACUCAAUGAAACAAAAAUGAAACCCACUCUGGAGCGCUCGCUGUUUGCGAGUGACGGUCUGAGGGUGGUUGGUAAAUGGAGAUCUUAGUUGCAGUGCCCUCGUGGACUUGGGCUGGCACUUACUGCUUCAGAUCUGCACCAUCACUCACCCGAUGCAGAAGGCACCUGGAAUUUUGAGGCAGGAAUUUAAAUUCUGCAGUUAUGAUAAAUCUGAGUGUACAAUAGA